AUGUAUAUAUAUACUGUAAUUGUCUGUUGGGUGCAAAUGUCAUCAAGUUUGCAUUUGUUUCCAAUAAAUGAUGACUGUUCGGCAUCAUCCCGUGACGUUCUCAUGCGCAUAGCGGGCCCAAAUAAACUUGCUCAUUAUCUCCUGUGGGUGCAGGACUUCCUACUUUCAAAGUCCCAGUCUGCAGUCAUAGACUCAAGUGCUUUUUUGUGGUCUCCGUCCUGUAACCCUUCCAUGGAAAGCAGCAUUGGAGUCUCGGCAACCAUGGAGACAGAUGAAGACCAAUAUUCGCUCCUCUUAGAACUUCUCAAUAAGAACGAGACAUAUGACCCAAGCUAUGUGGUUAGUGAAAGUGUCAAACUCUGCAGGAAAUCAUCCGUCAACGAUUUUGGCUCAAAAUUCAACCCAGCUUUCUGCUAUGUCAACUUCCUCCUGAGUUACCUUGGUAACGGGCUCGUCCUGUACAUCAUUUAUAAGUAUGAGAAGCUGAACACGGUGACAAACAUUUUCCUGCUCAAUCUGGUCCUCUCCAACAUCCUUUUUGCCACCAGUCUCCCGUUCUGGGCAACAUAUCAUCUGUCUGAGUGGAUUUUUGGUAAUGUUUUGUGUAAGUUGGUCAGCAGCGCCUAUUUCAUUGGUUUCUACAGCUCCAUCCUUUUCCUCACACUCAUGACAUUCGAUCGAUACCUUGCAGUAGUGCACGCGGUGGCGGCUGCCAAGAGCCGAAAAAGGAGCUAUGCCAUCAUUUCCUCCGCAGCGGUUUGGUGCAUAAGUAUUCUAGCCAGUGUGAAAGAGCUGGUUUUCCAGAAUGUUUGGAAGAGUCUUUUCAACGGGCUGGUGUGCGAGGAAUCGGGAUACCACGACAGCACCAUGGCAUUUUGGCGUCUGGUCACUUACUAUCAACAAUUUCUGGUUUUCUUCCUCCUCCCACUGCUCAUGGUGACGUACUGCUACAUCAGAAUCACCGUCCGCAUCCUGUCCACCCGAAUGAAGGAGAAAUGUCGUGCCCUCAAGCUCAUAUUUGUCAUCAUCUUGACCUUCUUCGUCUGUUGGACCCCCUACAACGUCGUCAUCCUCCUCCUAGCCAUACAGAGUUCCAGUCCAGAUGUCGAGUGCGCCGACUCGGACAAGCUGGACUAUGCCUUGUUUGUGACCCGGAAUAUAGCCUACCUCUAUUGUUGCAUUAGUCCGAUGUUUUACACAUUUGUUGGUAAAAAGUUCCAGAGUCAUUUUAAAAGGCUGCUUGCUAAGAAAAUCCCAUGUCUGAGGAGACACAUAAGUCUCAGCAGCCACAGCACAAGAACCACAUCCCAGAAGACGCCGCAUUCUGAUCACGAGUACUAGAUAACCCCACAAAUGGUGGACAUGUCAAUAGAAAUUGGACCGGAACAAGGAUAAGCAAUGAACAUUUUCGAAAAAUAAAAAAAAUAAAGUCAAAUCUGCUGUUGUAGUUUCUCAUGUAGUGUGCUUUAACUGAUUUUUAUUUUUUUUUAAAUUGAUUUGAAAUGGUUUCUGUAUGUCUUUUGUAACUUGUUAAUCAUUUUAUUAUAUUGUACUGCAGUAAGCAAUGACUGGAAGUAAAAGCACUGGAGUCAUCGUUGUGCUUUCAUUUGAAAGGAUGCUGGCUUGAAUAUUAAAGCCCUCACCUGGACAAUCAUGUACACAAGGCAUCAUUGAAAGAAAAUGAAGCAUUUUUAUUGUUUUUAUUUUGUGUGUGUUUCUCGUAUAAAGUUUUGAAUACAGUACUCACUAUCUUGGCCUCUGAUGAAAAACAGUAUACAUGCAUAUUGCGCUGAAAAAUGUAUAACUUCUACAUGUAUAACAAAAAUCUGCGUAAAUUUCUUUUUUUUCAUUAAAAUUCUUGAGAAAUCCGA